UGAAGCCGAAGGAGUAAUCACGUAGUGGCGGUGAGGCCGAGGAGGAGGCCGCCCUGCUAGGCACUAGUGUCCCCGGGGUCCCAUCGCCGUUGACAGUGUCCCCAUGUCCCCGGCACAAUGGUGAACUGGUGCCUGCUGCCAGAUCACGUGGUAGAGGUCAUAUUCUCCUACCUAGACGUGCACGAUCUACGGAACUGUUCCCUCGUGUGUAAAAACUGGUACAAGUUCCUCAACGACCAGAACAACGACGUGUGGCGGCUGCACUGCGUCAGGAAAUUGGCCGAGGAGGCACUCAAAUCAGACCUCUUAGCCUCAGUUCCCACGUAUAAAGCUAAGUUAAGGGCGUUUUACCACGCUUGGAAUCCCAAUGACUGCUCGAGGAACAUUUACGUGAAGCCGAACGGGUUUACCUUACACAGGAACCCGGUGGCCCAGAGUACUGACGGGGCACGGGGCAAGAUGGGCUUCAGGUCAGGACGACACGCCUGGGAGGUGGUGUGGGAGGGACCUCUUGGCACUGUGGCAGUCAUCGGUAUAGCCACUAAAGACGCAGCAGUUCAGUGCCCGGGCUAUGUGGCACUGCUGGGCUCUGAUGAACACUCCUGGGGCUGGAACCUGGUUGACAAUCACCUCCUGCAUAAUGGGGACUCUCAAGGCAAUUACCCAUUAUUAAACAAUGCACCCAAAUAUCAGGUUGGCGAGAGAAUACGAGUAAUACUGGACUGUGAUGACAACACGUUAGCGUUUGAAAAAAACUACGAGUUUCUAGGAGUAGCUUUCAGAGGAUUGCCAGACAAGCAGCUGUAUCCAUCAGUGUCUGCUGUGUAUGGUAACACUGAAGUAUCUAUGGUAUACCUCGGUCCUCCGCUGGAUGGCUGACCCACCACUCCUUUAGCACAGAAUUUGUUGCCCUGCAGAGUGCAACGCAUCCCUCUAUUUAUGUCAGAGGAAGAAGGUGCAACCACAAAGUGUCUAGCCUUGUGACCAGUGGGUGAGACCGCUUCAGGGGGUGGACUUCUAGUCAAAUAUUGCUCUUACUGGAAGACUGCUUCACGUGGUACAGUGUUCCUAGUGUGAGGGCAAACUGUGUUUGUGGCAUACAUUGGGUAGUGGGGAGGCGUGACCCUAUAUCAAACACUUUGUAAAGGGUAGUGAUGGAACUUCUUAAGGUAUGAAGUGAGUGUUUCUGUAUGAAAUGCAAGCUGUAUAUGCCUUAAUCAAAGUUUUCCAAAUGGAACAGACUGAUAAUGGGAAGUAAUGAGACAUAUUUAGUGGAAUAUUGUCACUGCAACUAUAUAGUCAAUAAGCAUGACAGACAAGAGUUUUCCUCUGGUCUGCAUGCCAUGUGCCUUGGAAAAUAACAUAAUGUGAACUUGGGUUUUGUCAGUUUUUAUCGGACUCUGCUUUUCACCUCUUUGUAUUUGAGUAUUUAUAUCUGUAUAUACGUAGAUAGAAAUGUUAAAAUUUACUUAACUACUGCACUUGGUAGUCACAUCACAACUGAUAUCACUUAUUAGAAUUCAGUAUUCUUGAGGAGAAAUUUUUACCUCAAAUGAGUGACAAGAGUGGCACUCGUUGUGAAGCACGAAUGUGGCGAAGGAAUCAGUAAUGUGAAGCUCAGUGAUUGACUGAUGUGACUGAUGUAUUGUGAAUUAGUUAGGCUGCCACCCCAAAAUGUGAGUAGAGGGUAAGGGAUGUGCCGUUUAAGGGCCAGCGGGUCUGUGCUUAGUGUAAUUUUAUUCUAAAUUCCCACCUUUUUGUGUUCAUUCACAUGUGCUCAUGGAGGCACAACUUCUAGUCAUUUUGUAGCCUAGAGCAGCUGUGGUAAUGUGAACUGUUGGUGUAUGGCAUGUUGUGAGUCAAGUGGGGUCAGUAUUUUGUCUAGGCUUUUAUGGCUUCUGUAAGUUAGCAGUGAAUUAUGUUAUUGUUUUUAUUGCUGCAAGAGACGUGUUGCCCAAUUGGAGUAAAUCAAGAAUCAGCCAUGCUGUUAAUGGAAUCUGUUGUCAUGGUCUAAGUGAUGUUGCUGCAGUUUCUUUCUCUAGUUGAGUUUCUUUUAAUCUUCAGUAUUGCUGUUUGUUAAUACUUAUAGUAGGUUAUGUAAUGACAUUACCAUGGUGCUUUCCAGUGACAUUCCAUUCCAGAGGAUGGAUUAUUAUUUUGUGUUUUUGUGUCUAACAUUCCUCAGAAGGACCACAUGCACAUUUCCAUUCAUCCAAAUUUGCAUUAUCAGUUUGGGGUGGUGGCAGUGGUGGCCAAGGUGGCAGCUGCUCAAAACACACCUGGUGAUGGUGCAGCAUAGGUAGUAGCAGCCUCCCCAUUGCUCAUCUUUCUCUUCAAUGUUUUAUUGGUGAUGACAUUGUUUGGAAGUGACAGAUUUUAUUGCUCUGUUUUUACAAUGCAACUUAGUUACCAAGUUUUUAUGAUAAUGGUUUAGAAUUUUAUUAUAUUGUUUUGACUUACCACUGUGUAAUGUCUUGUUUUAUUGAUUUUUAAGUACAGAUGGUUUUAAGGAUAAAAGGUGUAUCUUUUAGUAGAGCUGGGUAGGAUCCGGCAGCGUCAUUACUUGCAGAUCCGAUUAGUUGGCAUAGCGGAUCCACAGGAUCCACGUUGGGGGUUCCUGCGCUGUGCGGGAUCUGUGAGACAGCCAGAUGAUUACUGUGUGCCCAGUACUCAUGUGGGAAGAGAGACAAUUACUGGAUAUGAGGCAACUAAAUGAUCACUAAGAUACGUCUGGCUGUCAGUAGAAGGUCAGCUGGCCCAGCAGCCUGAUGAAUUCCAUAUAAUAUAAUUACCAAGCCCUGAAUCAAUUAUUUAGAUUAUUACACUAAUUACUUUCUUUUCCAUACAGAAUUGUUGAGUGAAUUUCAUGGCUUGUGGUUCUGAAUGUAAGGUUCACACAUUUUACUUACAAGAAAAAUUUAUCUGCAGUUUAAUAGGCAAAGAUUAAAGUAAGAAUAAGAAUGAAAUCUAUGAGCAUACAUACAUUUCUCCAAUAUAUAUUUGCAUAAAUAUAUGGAACAGAUUGACAGGUAAUCCUGUUUACUUAGCAGCUCAGACUUAACUGAGGCAUCAAGGCCCAAGAUCCUGUGUGGCCAGUUCUAUGGACCUUUUUCCUGAUGCCACAAAAUAGCAUCCAAUCAGAUUUUGAAGAAAGGAAGAGAAGUUUAGCAACGUUGAAAUUUUGCAUAACAUCAUAAGCAAAUAUAUAUUUUUUUUAUAUUUCUUUGUUUAUAAUUUAGCUUUUCAAUUACUUUUGAACAUUUUAUGGUCACAGUGUUUGAUGUAAAUGGUUUCCAAAACAAAGUUUUGUUCUAAGUUGUACUCCUGAGACUCUUGAGUAAUUGUCUUGGUGGAUCUGAUUACUCAAGCUUGGUACUCGGAUCCAACUAGCCUUGGUGGAUCCAUGGGAUUUGAGUCCAGUAAUAGGAUCCUGCCCAGCCCUAUCUUUUAGUAGAGUGUCAAAGCUCUCCUCCACAAUGGAUGUUGCCGACAUGUGAGGGGGAAGUUAUUUAUCUCGGUGAAGGAUGAACAAGUACAACACACACAACUCAGUGCAAUUAUUACUUACAUAUAAGGUAAAUCAAGCUACUGCUUGUUUAUUGUGAUUAUUCAAAACUGACUGUCUGUGUCCCAAGGUGACAAGAACUGUCUGUGGCCCUUGGUCCUGAGGUGAUGCAAGGACUGUAAGUCCCUUGGUCCCAAGGUGACACUAGGAUUGUCUGUGUCCCUUGGUUUUGAAGUGACACAAGGACUGUUUGUGUCCCUUGGUCCUUAAGUGACACAAGGAGACCAGCUUCACCACCUUGUUAUGGUGUCCUGGGACUGUCUUCAAAACAUUCUUUGCACCCUAGUAUCAAUCACUUAGGUUGUUAUGCUUUUAACUGUUCAUUUUGAUUAUUUGUACUGUUAUUGCAGUGUUGUUUUCUGACCUGUACAUACAUCUUAAUAACCUGUCCCACAGUCAGUUUUGAAAGCAUUCAUAAUGCUUGAAUGAUUCAGGUUUCAUGUGUCAAAGUUGAAUGUAAGUAAUAUUUUAUUUGUUAGAGAAUGCACUCACUCACUCUUGCCUUCUUUAUUGAGUAAUACAAUACUGUAUGAAUUUUAGAUGGUGAAGAUCAAUGCAAAAAUGGUUAUAUUUUAAGUUCCAUCCAUUCUUUUCAUUUACACGAGACAUUUUAAAAAUAAUUUUAUAUUGAGCAAAAUAUCUCAAGUAUGAGAGGGUACAAUUUGAACUAGCAUAUACAUAAAUAUGUAUUACAUAUUGUACUGUGCUAAAUAUGACUAUAAUUUUGACAUCUUAAACAGUUAUUUGCAUAAUGAGGAAAUGAAGCAAAAUCAUGAGAUCUAAAUCUAUAUCAUGUAAAUGUUAUUGGAUGUAGUGCUCUUUUCUUCCAGGAGUGAGUAUUUGUGAGGGAAAAUAAUUCAAAGUCCAUUAAUUGUGGAAUAUGUAGCUCUUCUGAUGAUCUGACCUAAGUGUUUUUGUAUUGUCUAGAAGAAAUUAAACCAAGGGAGUGAGUAAA